GUUGUUCUAUAUGUUUUUUUAAUGUCUUUAUUUGGUUGAAUUGUAUAUGUUCUUUAUCUGCUGACGCAAGAUCACAGAACUGACAUUACAGUUAAGAAAAUUGCACCGUGGAAAACGUUAACCUAAAAAUAAUCAGUAGAAAUACCUGUCUGGAGCACAGUAUGGAAUGUGCAGUGAAGGAACAAUAACCUGCUUUGUACCAAAUAACAGAAAUUAUUCCGAACUAUUUGCACAGUACAUAAAAACUAAUGUUCCACAUUUAGCACACUCCUUUGGAAGAUGUCCAAUACUUGGUGGGCUAUAUUUAAGUUUUCCAAUAAACUCAACGGGCCACCAAGAAAGCUUCCAUAAUGGGAAUGUUUUUUUUUUCUUUGUGUGUGCAUUGUUUGAAUAUAAAAGACUAAAAAAAGAGCGACCUGAUGUUACAGACUGUAAUCAAAGAGCAUUAAGGUUCUGAUCUCCGCCCAUUCAUAAUGCAACAGAUGCAUUUGUGAUGGAUUUCUGCAUCUGCAUUUUAAACUCCAAUAGCUGCUGCUGCUGUUAUUUUUAGAGCAUCUGCAGUUCCAACGGAUAGCCUGCACACCUUUAGCAGAUUAGCCUAGGCUAACUUUUCUGCUCAUUCAUCAUUUAGGCUACAGUCAUAUUCAUAUGUAGCUCUGUGUUUGUGCGCUGUGCUGUCUCCUUUUUUUGACGGGGUCCCGCGGUUUGCUGGCAGGCUGCAGCGGGGAUGGCAGCAGCUCAAUCCGAUCGGAUGAGCGUCGUACCAGUCGGCCUGGUGGUUAAUAUGGAAUAUUUGCACAGAGCGAUCUGCCAAAUCCAUUUGCACCGGCGGAAAAAGGGAGGCCUGUAGUAGUGCAAAAUAGAAAAACAGCUCAUUUCGCCGUUCUUUAUGGCUUCUGGCUCCGGAGAUGAAGAGGGAAACACGGGGGGCGUUUCAUGGAGACUCAUAGGCCCAGCCCCGGAGCUUUCCAAGAAGCGCUGCCGUCUAAUGCACUCCUCUCUCGGCUAUGAUUCCGAUGUCUGCCUCUUCUAUGUGAAGGGGGAGUUUUUUGCAAUGGAUGCUCGCUGUUCACACUCCGGCGGUCCUCUGUGUGAGGGGGACAUUGAGGAGGCUGACGGAGUCCUGCAGGUCUUCUGUCCCUGGCAUGAUUAUAACUUUGAUCUCAGGACUGGAAGGUCAGGGACAUCACUACAGCAACAAGUGUAUGAAGUCAAGCUGGAGGAUGGAAAUGUUUAUGUGAAGCACAGAAGUCGUCUGUCCUUACAGCCUUUUCCUCCAGAUCGGAAAAGCUGAUCUACCUCAGAGCAGGUGCUUCGUCCUCCUGUCCAUUUGUUAGACUUCUGUAAUGAACCUACUGUAGUUUGUUUUGAGACUUGUUCCACAAACCCAAGCCGUCCAAAAACAUUCCUAGGCCUUAUCUCUCAUUUUCUCAGUUUUGUUUCUCUUGGAUUGCUGUAUUCUCAGGACCAAAUCCAGGAGAGUUUUUUGCGUUUUUCUUGCUGCUGGCAUUCGAGAUGGAGAACCAUGCAAAGCCACUUAACCUGCAGAAUCAGCAGGUUAUUGUUGAUUUUUGAUAACACAAUAGAUGCAAGAUAAAGGUAGUGGAUUUAUGUAGUUUCAUGUAAUUUUUUUUCAUCCUUUAUAAGAUAAUGUCGUGAUUUUUAGUGGAAAUAUUGCAGAGUAAAUUUGGUGUGCACUUAACUUUUUUUGCCUUCAGAUUUGAGCCAUUUGCACUUUCCAUUUCAUUGUUGAUCAAAACCCAGUAAUUGCAGUGGAUCUCACCAUUUUUCAUCUCAGUUCUCAAGCUCUCAGCCUCUCCGCCUUGUUGCACUGAUAUGCACUAACAAGCAAAAACAAAUCUGUUUGUAGAAACUGAAAAUCCUUCCAAAUGCUGUUUAUAAUUCAAAUAUAAUUUACCAAAACUCCGAACAGAUUUUUUUCUGUUUACACUCCACUUGUAAUCCGAGUUCUGUUGACCAAUCACAUUUGAGCAGGCUUCGGUUACACGCAAAUAAAAAAAUCCAUGUGGGCAGCAAAAACAGGAACACAUUCACCAAACUGCAAUCUUGAAACUAUCAAGUUGUUGUCUGAUGAUAGUUUAAUUUUAUAUUUGCUUUGUUAACUUUAUCUUCAAGAACAGAAAAUAAAGGCUUGACUUGGAUAUCCACUGGCUGUACUGCAAGUCUUGAAAAAACGGUUAUUGCACCAAGAUGCUAAGUCAGCAGACUGACAGUUUGGUUUUCGAAUCACAGAGGCAAGAGGAGUCAUCACAGUAUCCAAAAUGUAGCACUAUGAGUUUUUAAUGCAAUUAAAAUUGAUAAAAUAACGAGUAAAAAUGAGUAAAAACUGAACAUCAUCGUCUUGAUUUAUUGCAAAGAAUCAUCAUAUUUUGCGUGUUAGCAUUUUCGAAUAACCUGUACAGGUCUCCUUUAGUGAAGCCCACAAUUUUCAUCUAAGUGUCACUUUCUUUCAUGGUUUACUAUAUUUCCUAUUUUUCCAGACUUGAGAGGCACAGUUGUUUAGUUGUGCCCUUGAAGCGAUGUCACAUUGGAAGAAACUCUGUUCCAGGAUUUAUUUGCAAAACUUUUUUUUUAACCCAAUUAGAGUUUAAGCAAAUAGAAAACACAUCAAGGACACUGUGGUUACAGUUGGUGGCAAUUCUACCGCUAACACGUCUCCAUCAGCAUUUCUCUUCAUUCCUGUCUUGUGCACAGACAGGUUUGUCUGUUACUGACGCAGUGGGAUUUACGAGGAACGGUUAGUAAGGCGCCGGAGGAAGGUUCACGACCUGAAAUGCACCACUGACUUAAGAAAAAUGUGUUAUCCUAGUUGUGCGUGUGUGUGUGUGAGCAGUGAUGCCAGUGUGGGGUUUUUUUCUUCGUGGUGAGAGCAGUCACUCACUAUAUUUUCUGUCAGCUUCGUUUUUUGGCAGACGCACAGAACCCCGUCACGAAGGUGUCAAUGACCGUGUGGCUCAACACUCCAGUUUUCCUCCCUACUGUGCUCCCUGUUGUGCAACUUUAUUACAAUAAUAAUUCCACUGGCUAAAAAUGUUAUGUGCACCAGACGUCUCACUGUGUUGUCUUACAUUUCAUAACCUGAAGGGUAAUGGGCAAACAAAGUGGAGAUAUGGCUAUUUUGUGUCAGUAGAAAAGUCAAAGUAACAGUUUGAGAUUCCGCAGGAAUGUUUUGAGUCACUUGAGGUACAUUGGGAAAAUUGGGAUUCUCAUCAGAAUUUUGUUAUGUUUCCUAAAAUGUACUUUAUAUACUUUUGUAUUUCUGAUGUAUGUAUCUGGGUUUCAUGUUAAUAGAGUUAAAAGUCAUUCUGGAGACUGCAUACACCGAUGCAUUUAAAUUCACCCCUCUGUUGUAAGCUAGUAUCAUCAGUAUCAUGUUUGUUGUAAACUGUGCUUAUUGCUGUAAGAUGGGAAAAGUAAAACUACAUCUAUGCAUUUUAUUUAUUAAAAACUAUAUAUGCAUGUUAAAUAAACAUUUUCCAAUUUUCAAACUGUUCAUUUGUUAAACUUAUAUACACAGUUCAGAGGACAACAUCAAACAAAAUGUUUACACAAAAUCAUUUAUUUACACUUGUUCGUUCGUACAUUUAUACCAAAUUUAACACAAUACACAAUUUACACAUAAAGACAUAAUUCAGAGAGAAACAAAGCAUUCAGCAUCUCCAUGCAAUAGUUAGCAUUACAUACUAUUAUCAAGAGCUGAUUUAUGUAAUUCUUUUACUACUCAGGAUUGCUUCCUGGGGUGCAGUGGCAAGUAUGCAACUCUCUCCAUGUCCUCCAGAAAGUGGUGGAAAGGUGUAAGGUUGACCGUCUUGUGAAUAAAUUAUGAUCUCCCUGAGACCCUGCUGGACUAUACAGAAGAGAAAAUGGACAUGUCUGUUCACGCUUAAGUUUCUGAUAAAUUGUAGAUGGUUUCUGGUGGAUUCAGAGACUUGUGCUUUUCCGCUUUAAAGUCAGAGUGAGCCAGAAACAUUUCAGUGACAGAGGCAAACUCAGGUCAAGUAUUUUGAAUAGAAAUCCACUCCUUAGAUUCUUUUUUUUCUAAUAUCAGUUGCCACAAAAAAACUCAAAUUUUGCCAGAUGGAUUGAAAUACACUUGAAAAUCUCCAAUUUUCAACCAUUCAAGAAUUCUGCAAAGCUGUAACUAUACCAAUAGUAUGCUUUAGACAUUAGUUCCCUGUUUUGGGAAAAACGCUCAUUCUCCUCCUUGCCAGAGUUUGGAGAUGAGAAUAGUGAUGAUACCCUUACAUUGGUGGGUUCAUUAAAAAAAAUACAGCCAGUACCCAGCUAACUCCAAAUGUCAAACAAUUUAUUUAGAAGUUUGAAACACAAAUGCAUAAAUCAUAUUCAUGAUUCUGACACUAAAUAAAGUAAAAGUCUUGCCACUACUACUGCCAACGAGUAAAGUUUCUUUUAAUUAAAAAAGGAAUAUUUUCAUCUUCUUUUAUCUGUUGGUUUCAGGCUCAAACUGUCUUUAUUUGAUUUUAAAGUAUCUGGAAACUUUUUUUCUUGAGCGAUUAAACCAAACAUUGCAGAGGUUCUUUAAUCUCCUUUGAAGUUCCCUAAAGACAAAGUGGCUGUUUGGAGAGCACAGCUUAUUUUUCCAUGCAAAGCCUUACAUAAUGGUUUACUCAGGCUAUUAUUGUUACCUUGUCCUUCAAACUCUCCUGAUAACUUCUUCUCAUGAAUAAGCCAAUUCUCCUGUCAAAGCAUUCCCUGAAGAAAAUCUGCAUUCUUCCAUGUGCAACCACUUUCAAAGCUCAAGAUUCUGUAAGUGAUGGGCUAUGAGGCCAAAGACCACUAAUAUUUUCCCUUCCCUUUUUUCUUUUUCAAACCGUACCCUGAAAUGAUUAAACCCAUCACUAGAUAAUCUUGCUUCUCUUCCUUCUGAUGUCUUUGGUCUAACAUUUCCUUUAGUUGCUCUACAUCUGUUUGGCCUCUUCAGCUGACCUCACAAACUAUUGCAUUUUAUAGGACUUAUCUCUUCCUACACCUGGAUUCAAUCAUCAUCUUUCUUAUGGGGUGGAUGCUGUAUCUGCUGCUGGGACAUGUUUGUUUCCAACUGGACAUCUGAACUGUUCGUUCACACACAGCCCACAGGCCUGUGAUUAGAGAGGUCAAUGAUAAUGCUGAAGUUUGCACAGGCUGCCACUCUAUAGAUCUCUGUUUGGAGUGCUGCUAUGUGCUCCACAUAGAAAGAUUUACAAGUUUGAAAUGAUACCAUUUACAGCAUAUUAAAUGAUAAAUUUGUUGCACAUCAGAACUAAAAAUAUAACAAAUGAACUGAGAUUUUUUUAAAAAGACAUCUUCAAAUGUUAAAUGUGCAGAGAGCUCGGUAGCAAUUUCAAAGGAAAUAUGUGUCCAUAAUACUCUUGUGCCCAAUUUAUUGCUGAUUGCUUGAGUUCAGUUUGGUUGUUUGUGAAAGUCAAACUGUUUUUACAGUCCUCAAGAGAAUAUGUAAUUUAUUUUCUAAUUAGCAGCAGGCUUAUAUUUACUUGUCAGCCUCUUCUGGUUUCUCCAAGGUCCAUAGUGCACCUUAUUCAUUUUGGGAUUAGUUCAGCUCGAAGGGUUUCUCCCAUGGGUCUGCAGAAGCCCAUACUGCAGAUAAACAAUAGAUUUUAUCACUGAGUAAACUCAAUUCCUAUUACUGAGUUCAGUUAAAGUAGCCAAAUAGUCAAUUCAUGUGUCUAUUUCCAUAUCCAUAUGGCGUUAUAGUCUACUAACAAGAUUGCAAACUGAAGCCAAAAAGAUUAUUGUAAAAUCAGCGGAUUCAUGCUACAAAGAAUGAAAAAAAAAAAAAAAAAAAAAA